AUGGUGGUUGCACUGGUGAAACAGUACAUCUUGUCAAUAACAAAUGAGGAGGAGAUCCGGGAGUACGUCAUUGACCUCCUUCAGGGGACUGAUGGGAAGAAGAGCUGGUUUGUGGAAGAGCUGCUGUCCAGGUGGAGGGAAUCCUCCCAGCUGCCCUCUGAGCCUCUGCCACCCUGUCGGAAAAAGGACGAGACUUCGGAGGCACCUCGGGCUGGAGACCAGGCAAAAAAGGGUAAACGCAAAGGAAGGAACAAGCAGGAGAUGCCUGCAUAUGUGGAGCCAACUGCACAUGUGGAGGAAGUGAAGACCCCCCUGGACCUGGCCAAGGCACAGGAGAACAGCAGUGGAGUCAGCAGCAGCACCAAUUCCUUGAAGAAGAAGCCCAAGUAUGUCAGCUUGUAUACCAAGGAGGGGCAAGAUAAGCUGGCUGUCCUGAUCCCAGGGCGUCACGCCUGCGAGUGCCUGGGCCAGAAGCACAAGCUCAUCAACAACUGCUUGGUUUGUGGGCGCAUUGUCUGCGAGCAGGAGGGCUCUGGGCCCUGCUUGUUCUGUGGGGCUCUGGUGUGCACCAAAGAAGAGCAGGACAUUCUCCAACGGGACUCAAACAAGAGCCAGAAGUUGCUGAAGAAGCUGAUGGCAGGUGCUGAAAGCUCAGGGAAUUUGGAUGCCAUAAGCAAAGAUUUGCUGCCUCGGCAAGAAGCUAGGCUCAAAGCUGGCCUGGAGAUGGCUGUGAAACACAAAGACAAGUUGUUGGAAUUUGACAGGACCAGUGUGCGUCGAACCCAGGUCAUUGAUGAUGAAUCAGAUUACUUUGCCACCGACUCCAACCAGUGGCUUUCCAAGCAGGAGAGGGAAGCCCUCCAGAAGAGAGAGCAGGAGCUGCGGGAGCUGCGACACGCCUCGCGCCUGGCCAGGAAAAUCACCAUCGACUUCGCUGGCAGGCAGAUCCUGGAAGAAGACAACAGCAUGGCUGAAUACCACAGCAAACUGGAUGAAACCAUCGAAGCCAUUAGUUGUGGCACACUGGGCCAGGCAGCUGGGAGCCCAGAAACAAAGACAACUCUGAAUUCUGGUGUUUUAGUUAAUCCCCGUCUGCUCCAACCUGCUCCUUUGUGGGUGGACCAGACUGGCUUGCUCCCAGCUCGGAAGGCUGUCCCUUCCAUGGAUGCUGGGAACGUGUCUGGCUUGGAACGGAACAGGUUGCGGAUUCAGGAUCGAGAGUUGCAGGAGAUCUCAGAUGAUGGUUGGUGCCUCAGCAUGCACCAGCCUUGGGCCUCCUUGCUCGUCAGAGGAAUCAAAAGGGUGGAGGGCAGGACCUGGUACACAUCUCAUAGAGGGCGGCUAUGGAUUGCAGCUACUGCUAAAAGACCUUCCCCUCAGGAAAUCUCUGAACUGGAAGCCACCUACAGAAUGCUGCUUGACAAAGAUGUGGAGUUCCCAAGUGAUUAUCCCUCGGGCUGCCUCCUAGGCUGUGUGGAUGUGACCGACUGUUUAUCGCAAGAGCAAUUUAACGAGCAGUAUCCAGAUCUGAGCCAGGAGUCUGGGUCUCCAUUUGUCUUUAUCUGCACCAAUCCCCAGGAGAUGGUUCUGAAGUUUCCCAUCAAAGGAAAACACAAAAUCUGGAAGCUGGAUGCAAAGAUCCAUCAGGGAGCAAAGAAGGGGUUAAUGAAGCAGAAGGUGAUGGUGUGA